AUGGCCGGUCGGGACCUGGAGUUGGGGGAGGAGCCACUGGAGGAGUUCUUCGACGCCCUGCAAGAAGAUGUGGAGCGUGCCACCUGUUCGCCGACUCGACGAAACCCUGGCGCUGCGUUAACCUUUCAUUCCUUUUCCAGGAAUAGUUCCUGCUCUUCCAUCUACCAUGACGCCCUGAGCGACUGGGAGCUGGAGCCCCCGCCAGUGCCGCCACCCAGGCCGUUGCUGCAGCCGGCCUGGGCGGCGGGCUAUGAGCCGGGCAGCGUGGUGACCGCGCUGGCCAUGGGAUUCUGUCUCCAGGCGCCCUGGGAGGCCGGUAACGAGCUGCCGACGCUGCUUGCGAUCUUUGCGCUGAGUGCGUUGCUGGGGAGCCUGCUGUCUGACAGGUUGCAGGUGCUGUGCUCGCUGCUGGCGGGCUGGUUCCUUUGCUCCUGGCGCUUCGCGCGGAGUGGCGAGCGGCGUGAGUUGGAGUGGGCGGCCGCGGGGCUGGCGCUGAGUAGCCGCUGGCGCUGA